AUGGAGCAAGCCAUAGAAUUUGAAUGGCUUCCCACUCGAUGCUCUUGUUGCAAGUGUUUAGGCCAUACUGCAUCCAGCUGUAAGCAUGCUCAAGAGGUUGUCUGGAAAUCAAAACAGAAAGUAACAAUUUCAGAAAAAGGGGAAUCUAGGGGUGCAACUGAACUGUGUGAGUCAGGGCUUGAGAAUAAGCCAAUGGAUGUCAAUCAAAUGGUUGCCGGAAAAGAAGCUCAAACAACUAGUAAGGGAGAUCAGCUGGCUGUAAAGGGAGAUUUGAAGGCUACUUUGAUAACAACAAAUGAAGAAAUAAAUGAGGCAAGUUGUUCAAUGACAGGGAAGGAUAAACCUUGGUCUACCCCUAAAAAAGUGGGUGGUUUAAGGAAAAAAGGUUCUUUUCUUGAAACUAAACUUCACAGUAAUAAGGUUGAGGAGAUGAUGCAUGAUGUGUUCGUGGGCUGGAGAUGGUACAUCAGUCGGGCAGUUGAAGGUAGAAUCUUGUUGGUUUGGAAUCAGGAUUUAGUUCAUGUUGCUAUUUCUCAGGAGCAGGACCAGCUGAUCAAUUGUGAAGUGCAGAUAAAGGGUGUUAAUCAAAUAGCUAAUCUUUCUUUCAUGCAGGUUACUGCUAUGGAAGUCGAAGACAGUAGUCAAUGGAGGGCAAAAUCAUUGUUGAUUGAAUUAAGAUCUAGUGGUUCUUUUUUUACUUGGUCUAACAAACAAAAAGAAGGUUCAAGAAUCUUUUCUAAGCUAGACAGAGUUUUUGUUAAUGAAAUGUGGCUCGAUAUCUUUCCUAAUUCUGAAGCUCGGGUUAAUUGGGAUGCUAUAUAUGAUCAUUGUUUUUGUAUCAUCAAAACUGUACAAUUCCAGACUACAGGGGUUAGGCCUUUCCGAUACUAUAAUAUGUGGGAUAAACAUAAGGAUUUUAGGAGUACAGUCGUGAAUAUUUGGACUAAACCAGCUGGUGGUAUUGGAUUGCAGAAGAUCAUUAAGAAAUUAAGGAGACUGAAACCUGCUUUAAUUUAG